AUGAGCCCCCGCCGCCGCCUCCCCGUGCUCCUCCUCGCCGCCCUCGCCGUCGCCUGCGCCUGCGCCGCCGCCCGCCCCUGCGCGGCCCUCGUCCGCCUCGGCGCCGCCUCCUUCGUCGACGCCCCCGCGCGCUUCGGGCCCCGGGUGACCGGCGACGGGAUAUGCGGGUCGCUGCGCGCCGCGGAGCCCGCCGACGCGUGCGCGCCCGUCAGGGGCGCCCCCGGCGGGAGCGGCGGGAUGGCGUUCGUGUUGAUCGCGCGCGGGAACUGCAGCUUCGAGGGCAAGGUGCGGGCGGCGCAGCGGGCCGGCUUCGACGCCGCCCUCGUCCACGACGACGAGGACAAGGCCAGCCUCUACUCCAUGGUUGGUGAUCCUGAGGGCAUACACAUACCUGCGGUAUUCGUAUCCAAAAUGGCUGGGGAAACUUUAAAGAAGUUUGCUAGAGGUGAAGAUGGUGAGUGCUGCAUAAACUCGUCGAUGGAUGAGACUGCAGGGACAGUGUUGGUGAUGUCGUUCAUAUCACUUGUUGUCAUCAUAUCAGUUGUAGCUUCAUUUCUUUUCGCCCGGAACUGCCGACUUUUACGCCAUGGAGUUGAUAAUCGCCCACCUUACAUCAAGAAGCAUGUGGUGGAAAAGCUUCCUUCUGUGGUAUAUAAAGCUCCCUGCUCAAGUGGCAACAAUUGUGAAGAAGCCUGUGCCAUUUGUUUAGAAGACUAUGAUAAUGGUGACAUGCUUAGACUUCUCCCAUGCAAACAUGAAUUUCAUGUGGAGUGUAUUGAUCCCUGGCUGACGCAGUGGGGCACAUUUUGCCCAGUAUGCAAACUUGAGGUACUCACAGGUGAAUAA